UCAACUAUCCGGUGUAAUUCUAUGUUUCAGCUUGCUCAGUAGCUAAGGAAACAUUUCUCGAAAUUUCUUACAUCUGGUUUUCAGAUAAUUGCUUUUAGUGAUUUAUAAGGACGAUGGAUAAGCCUCAGAUUAUUUUACACGUUCAAAAGUCAUUAAAUUAUACAAUAUUUGACGCAAAAUGGAUUCCGUGUAGUGCAAAGUUUAUUGUGCUAGGAAAUUAUGCGAGGGGUACGGGUGCUCUGCAGAUUUAUGAAGUUUCCCAUGGAGACAUUACUCUUGUCAAAGAGGCAGAGAAAUCAAAGGCUUUCAAAUGUGGAACAUUUGGUGCAUCAAGUUUACAGCAAAGAAGUUUAGCAACUGGUGAUUUUGAAGGAAAAUUAGCCAUAUGGAAUCUGGAAGCAUUAGAGGUUCCAAUCUACUCAGUUAAGGCCCACAGUGAGAUUAUCAACUGCAUAGACGGUGUUGGAGGGCUUGGCAUUGGUGAGGGAGCACCGGAGAUUGUCACCGGAAGCAGGGAUGGCAGUGUGAAGGUAUGGGAUCCACGUCAGAAGAAUGAUCCAGUUGCAACAAUGGAGCCUGGUGAGGGAGAGACAAAAAGAGAUUGCUGGACUGUGGCUUUUGGCAAUGCGUACACUGCCCACGAGCGAUGUGUGUGUGCAGGCUAUGACAAUGGAGAUAUCAAGCUGUUUGACUUGAAAACCAUGUCUCUGCGAUGGGAAACUAAUGUCAAAAAUGGGGUCUGCCACAUGGAGUUUGAUCGCAAAGACAUCAACAUAAAUAAACUGGUGGCAACAACACUGGAGUCCAAGUUUCAUGUAUAUGAUACCCGAACCCUGCAUCCAACAAAGGGUUAUGCAUCACUAACUGAAAAGGCACACAAGUCUACUAUAUGGCAAGUAAAGCAUCUACCUCAGAACAGAGAUGUUUUUAUGACAUGUGGAGGAAAUGGAACUGUGAAUCUCUGGAAAUAUAACUACCCCGCAAGCCGUGUGAUGCAGGACAGUGACAAGGUGGAUAUGGGCGUGGCAGGAACAUUACAGCUUGUGCAAAACACGGUGCUCUCUACCCAACCAAUCAGCUCCUUUGACUGGAGUCCCGACAAGGAGGGCCUCUGUGUGUGCACGUCCUUUGACCAGAUGCUCCGCGUGCUCAUUGUCACACGACUAAAACAGCUUGGAUAGUGGCUGAUUUUCAUGUUUUUAAUGUUUCAUGUUAUUUAUUUUUAAAGUGAGAUAUGAAUCAGGUCCAAGAACACUACUGACAUUUUUAGCAUAUCGAAGCGUUAGUACUUUAUAUUGAAGCAACACAAGUAAACACUGAAUAUAUUUUUAAUAUUUUCAUUUGUCAAUAUUUUGAGAGUUGAAUUUUAAAAUUGAGAACUUGAAAGGUGUCCAUGGCGCAUAAUUACACAAUUUUAGAGUCUCACAUAUAGAUCUAUGGUAACAAUUACUAAUAUUAAACACACAGAAUGUCCAUGCAACCUGAUACAUAACACUACCUGACAAUAUCCAUUGCUGUUGAAUCUGCUGUUAUGAUGGGAGUAAUAAGUAUAUUGCCUUAUGUAUAUAAGUGAUACUUUUCUUCUUACAGAGUUUUUACUGUACAGUUAUUUAAAUUUAACUCAACAUUUAAUAUACACAAAUAAUAUAAUUAUUAAGUAUGGUUAUAUUUAUAUGCAAAUGCAGACAACAUAAAAUGUACGAUAUAUGUUAGCUUAAUGCUACAUGUAUAUUGUUUUUACUUCAUAAUAUGAAUCGCUACACAUCUCAUAAAUUAUAUAUAGAGCCAUAGUGGUUUCAGUCUAUAUCAUGCAAAAAAUAUUGCAAUAUUAUUCCAUUUGCAUUUUGUGUAACAUACUAUGCAGUUUCAUAUGUGUUGUCUGAUUAUGGAAGCACAUAUUGCUGUUGAUGGAAAAUGUGUUCAUAGAAGAAAUUUUAAAUCAUAAACAUUUCAGUUUGA